AUGCUUUUUCUGCUCUCUGUAUCCUACCUCACUUCUUUUGAAGAAGUAGAGAAGCAUUUUCCGGCUCACGUAGCCUGGUUAGAGGAGCAAUAUGAGCGGAAGGUCUAUCUCCUGUUUGCCCGCAAAAUCCCGUUCACAGGCGGAGUAUGCCUUGCAGCCGCAGAAUCGGCAGAUCAAAUGACUGAGAUUACCGAAACCGACCCCUUCCGUAUCAGCAAAGUCGCGAAAUACCACAUUCAAGAGCUCGACCUGACAAAAGUCAAUGCCGUUUCGCUCCUCGAACAUGCGUCCCACCGAGAUUAA